CCGCGUGAAAGGACACAAGAAAGAGCCUUUCUCGAAUGCCUACCCAAAAUCUAGGGCAAAGUCUCCGUCGAGAAGAAUUGAGAGGGGAGAUGAGGGAGGGGGAAAAGAAAGUACGCAAAGGCACGAGGUUACAUGAGACUCAUUUCGAUACAAUCGACGUGUGACCAGGAACAAAAUACCCGACAAACCACGGUAUUGGACUAUCCAAUAACAUCAUUGAGUUCAAAUCAAUUUCAUUUGUGUUUUCCUCAGUGUGUAUAACGACCUAAAAGAGAGUUGACUUCGUUGAAUACUCUGACAAAUUUGGUGUCUUGUAGCGUUGAUCUCUGGUCACCUGAUCCCCACGAGGCCUUUCACAAGGCUGAUUUUCUGAGGGACCUUGUUUAGUGACUUUGGGUCGUAUGAGUGCCCGGAAUUCCAACCAUCAGAGCAAUACCGAUCCGCCUCCUCCCCAUUGUUCAUCAUGAAUUUGGCACGAGUGUUUUAAUACGGACAUGGUAUUGAAUGAGGUUCCUGGUGGUUUUACUCGUUUUGGAACAUACCUUGCUCCAACAACAACUAUAGCAAAAAUAUCAUCAUUAUUUUUGUUGUGGUAGUGAUGACUGCUGCCAACAUUACGAAGAACCUUUCGGACUGCAGCCUUUCCGAUAUGGUGAUCACAUCCCAGUACCAAUACAACGUUUGCAUUGAUUUGCAAAACAGCACAAAUGGAAACCAACAAACCAACUUUGCCAAUGUCGAAGAUAUGCUCUUCGAGGUCUUCUGCUCCGAGGAUUCGGAUUCCAUCGAUGGCAUUGCUAUCGGACACUUCCUCAAGGCAUUGGAAUCCACUGGGCUUCGACGAUCCGAUCCGCGUCUGAAAGAGAUGAUCCAAAACUUGGAGAAGUUCCAAGCUAAGGAUGAAACUAACGACUUUCAUAAGAUUGUGAUUGAUCGAAAGGAAUUCAAAGAAAUCAUCAUCAGUAACAUCGUACUCAUCUCAAGGGCCCUCAGACGGCAAUUCAUCAUCCCUGAUUUUGAGGACUUUACUCGAUACUUUGACGAGUUCUACCACAAGGCCAAAGAAAUCACAACUGGCAAGGUGGCAGAUUAUAUCCCGGUGUUGGCCAAACAAGACCCCAACAUUUUUGGCGUGUCCCUCUGCACAAUUGAUGGUCAAAGAUAUUCCCUGGGCGAUGCUCAAUAUCCAUUCACUCUCCAGUCGUGUUGCAAGCCACUCAACUAUGCUAUUGCUCUAAAUGAACUUGGAGCUGAAAUCGUUCACCAAUAUGUUGGGCAGGAGCCCUCAGGCGGUAAAUUCAAUGCCAUUGAGUUGGACUACACAAAUAAACCCUACAACCCUAUGGUCAAUGCCGGAUCCAUUGUGGUGAACUCGUUGUUGCAAUGCCUUAUGAAACCUGAAAUGUCCAUGGCCGAAAAAUUUGACUACGUCAACAAUUACAUCAAGCGCCUUUCUGGAGGAGAAUUUGUGGGGUUUAACAACUCUGUAUUUCUGGCCGAAAAGGAGGUUUCAGACCGCAAUUACGCCAUGACCUACUACAUGAAGGAGCACAACUGUUUUCCGAAAGGGAUUAACCCAAAGGAUUGUCUCGAUUUCUGGUAUCAGUGCUGUUCUAUGGAAGUGAACUGUGAGACCGUGGCCGUAAUUGCGGCCACUCUGGCCAAUGGCGGCCGUUGUCCUAUCACUCGCGAAGAAGUGAUCCAACCCGAGGCUGUGAGGGAUGUCAUGUCCUUGCUCCAUAGUUGUGGUUUCUAUGAAUACUCUGGUCAAUUCGCUUUCAAGAUUGGGUUACCGGGCAAAUCCUCCGUGGUUGGCGCUAUGAUGAUGGUUCUGCCCAACUCCAUGGGCAUGUGUAUCUACUCCCCUCAAGUGGACCAGUUUGGCAAUUCUUGUCGGGGAUUGGCUUUCUGUGAAGAGCUCGUCAAGGUUUUCAAUUUCCAUCGCUACGACAAUACCACACGAUUCAGUAGCAAGUUCAAUCCCAGGCGAGUGCUCUACGAGAGCAAAGGAGACACCAUCGUGAGCAUGAUCUAUGCAGCCGCCAACGGAGACAUGAGCAAUCUAAGGAGACAUAUGUUCCUUGGUCACGACAUGGGAAUUAGUGAUUUCGAUGGACGGACUGCCCUCCAUUUGGCCGCAGCCAAUGGUCAUCUUGAAUGCGUUCAAUUUCUCCUGCAGAGUUGUAAUGUGGACCCAGAACCCACAGACAGAUGGGGCUUUACGCCUUUAUCCGAAGCUGAGCGAGGUGGAAACAAGGCCGUGUCCGGAUUUCUCCAACAUUGGAUAGCUCGCGACGGGAAUGGCGACACCCUUACGGCUCGAUCGGGUCGUCUUUUGCUCCAACAAAUCAAGAAUGAAGAAACUGAGGCUAAAUUGGUGGAAGAUGAGGUGAAGAAGGCGAGCGAUAGGCAAGCCGUCCAGCAAUUGCAAUAAUAGCGGUUCAUCUCAUGGAGAUGUAGAUCAUGAACUAGUUCCAAUUACCGGAGAUAUUAUGGGGCACUUUCCCUCUUCCCCGAGUUUGAUACCGGUGCUUCUGAGCAGUCAGUAUUGUAACAGAUUAUAUUACUCAUCAAGUACUUCUUCUCCUCCUAAUAAUGUACCACCAAACCAAACAAUAUCUACAAUUGUCAAAGUCAAGGACCCAUUCAUUCCAAGGUUGUGUUUUCUUCCUUACUGUAAUUGGCUCACUAGCUCAAAAUAAAUCACAAGUUCUCCUGGCUCA